AUGCCUGCUCUAUCGCGUCGAUCCCACCGAAUCAACUCCAACAAGUCGACCGCCAUGGCUGUUGGCAGCGUGUCUUCAUACAGCACGUCGUCCUCGUCGGCCUCGGACAGCAGCUCGCAGCCUCGCUCGGUCCGAUCACGCUGCUCGGUCGAGUCGUCGAGCACCCAAGCAACGUCUGCAAUACUACCGAGUGAUCAUCAACAUCAUACCGAGCAUGUCCGAGCAUCGACGAACGCUGCGUCAACGCCGGACGCGAUGCCUGCCUUCAAGGCACGAACGGUCCAUCUCCCGCUUCAACUGCCUGCCAGCCCUCGGCCACUGGCCGACGUCGACUGCACAACCUUGGUCGUCGAUGCCGAGCUCGCGGAUGUACCCAUUGGAUACGUUCUCGCGCAGAUGCGUGCCAUGGGUCAGUUCUGCUCUUUUUCUCUUCUGUGUCUUCCUGCCAGCACUCCACGGCGGCUCUCGAGUCUCCACUUUCGGGAUCUCCGAAACUCUGAUAGUGGCCCCGGCGAACUAGUUCGCGAGUGUCGCGAGGCUCAUGUUGAUGACGCUACUGCGGAUCGCCGCUUCUUGGGAUCUGAGCCCCCGCUAUCGAGUUGGAAUAAUCCAAGCUGACCCUCUUCCUUCCUACCUACCUGGCUGUGUCUACCCUCACCGGAAAUUCCUUCUCAUUCGCCUCGAACAGGCGCCCUCCUCCUCAAUGCUGCGACCCAUGUCUCGAUCGAGAUCCCGAAGGCGUCUCAACUGCCAUCCUACCUUUGGGCGACCAGUGAUAGUCGUCGGAUCGCAUCCGAGCUCGCACAUUCCUCGUCGCGAACGCCGAUUUGCCUGCCCCCUCCGCCGACCCACAUCCUCGCGGUCCGUGCCCCCGACGUCGAACGCGUCCUCCUCGUACCUGUGCAUGGCCUCCUCUUCGCCUCGCGAUCCUCGUCCUUGUCGAUCCUGUCGUCUGCGCCACAUUUCCAACCUGGCUUCCCCGACCACCCCGCCUUGCCCUCGUCUCUAACCCCCACAAGUGCCGACGACAAUCCCGAUCGAAUCGCCCUGCCCGUCGUCGAGCUCAAGCUCCCGUCCGCGAUUGCCUUCCCUCUGCUCCUGACCUUCAUCUAUACGCAAAACAACAGCCUGCUCCUCUCCUCACUACUUCCGAAACCAAUGGGCGCCGCAUCCGAGGCCUUCUCAUCCCCCACUACAGCUACCGAGCUCGCCGAGGCCCUCCGUUCGUGUCCCGAAAAGUUGCUCUUGCACCGAGUUUCGCUCGUUCAUGCGCUGUGGCAGGACGUCGUCGCGCUCAGCAUCAACGAUGAACUUCUCUGGGCGACGAUGAGAUUCGCAUGGGCCGUUUUGGUGGGAGCGAUGGCAUGCCAACGAAGGGAUGAGGCACUCGAACGAAUGGAUCGCCAGGUUUAG